GGGGAGGGGGGGGGGCCCCAUGGGGAGGGGGGCCCUUCUGUUGCAGGGGAAGCUGGGGAGCCCCCAGUGGCCAGGGGGGCCCCCUCGCAGGGGACCCCGGGGGUCUCCGGGGGCCCCGGUUUGGGCGCUGGGCGUGCUGCUGCUGCUGCUGCUGCUGCAGAUGUGGGGUUUGAGGUGUACAGACACCAGGAAGUUGCUGCUGCGCUGCUCCCAGCGCUGGUGCUGCGCGAAAAGCUGCGGGUAGUGGCUAGAGAGUUGGGGGCCCUAAAGGGGGCCCCCAAAACCCCGGAAGAGGCUUUUGAAAGUACCCAGUUUUGCGGGAAAGGGGGGCCCCCGGGGCCCCUCAGGGGGCCCCUCUUCUCCAGUGCCCAGUUGCUGCUGCCGCCACUCAAACGCGUAAGUCCCAAGGGGGCCCCUCGGGGGCACCUAACGUCCUAG